AUGCUGGCCAAUGUGAUAAUUCUGGGAGUUUUUGUGGCUGUCGUUUUUUUGGUUUACAGCGAUUCGGCUAUGGUUAAAAUGACAAAUGUUGUUUGUGAAUCAUAUGAUAAAUCGUUGACCGUUUUUCAUUACUGUCGAUUGAAGGCCUAUUCCAGGACCAAGACUAGUUUGCACAUAAAUGCAACCUUUUUGCAUCCAAUCAAUAGCAUAUCUGUCAGAUUUCAGAUGCUGAAGAGGGCCAAUGGUUACAAGCCUUUUCUUUUCGAUAUCACCGUCGAUGCCUGCCAAUUUUUGCGAAAACCAAAUAAUCCCGUCAUUAAAAUAGUUUAUAAUAUGAUAAAGGAUGCAUCCAACAUCAACCAUUCUUGCCCGUAUGGUACGGUGGUACUUAACGAUUUUCAUCGCAUUUCACUACCCCUUCCAUUUCCCUCUGGAGAUUAUUUAUCACGCCUAGACUUUCUAAUUAAUGGUAAAACGAAGUUCUAUGUAAAUGUAAAUAUGCAUGUACCAGAGGACUUAUAA